GUCUGCUACGCUCCUUACUUGCUCGUGCGCACUGCGGAGGCAGCGGAGGGCGUACACCGUGCCGAAACUUAUCUUCUAUUACCUCGCUAACUAUUGCUUAUCGUGCUUUCCCUCCAAUUUCUACAUGUUGUCGUGACUGUUUUUUUUACGACUUAUAGUAAGCCUUCGAUUGCUAAUAAAACCCAAAGAAUGGGUUUUUUUGACGUAAAGUACCUUAAACAAGAACAUCUCAAUGGAUUCGACAAUUACAAGUACAGUGCAGUGGACAACAGCCCCCUUAGCAGAUGGGUUAUGCAUCCGUUUUGGAAUGCUUGUGUCAAAAUUUGCCCACAAUGGAUUGCCCCCAAUCUCUUAACCUUUGUUGGCUUCUUGUUCACGGCAGGCAACUGGGUCUUGCUUGGCUAUUACGAUUACUAUUACUAUGCAUCAUCAGAAGGAUAUCCUCACAUUCCCAACUGGGUUUGGCUAGUUUGUGCCAUCAAUCACUUUCUUGCACACACUCUAGAUGGAAUUGAUGGCAAACAAGCAAGAAGGACCCAAAGUAGUAAUCCGUUAGGAGAAUUAUUUGACCAUGGAUUGGAUUCCUGGACUUCUUUCUUUAUCCCUGCAGUUUUGUAUUCUGUGUUUGGGAGAGUGGAACAUAGCAUAUCAGUCCUUAGGCUGUAUUUUUGCCUAAUUAACGUUCUCUUUACCUUCUUAUCUUCACACUGGGAAAAGUACAAUACCGGCAUUUUAUUUUUACCUUGGGGUUAUGACGUCUCUCAACUGUGCACCUUGAUCAUUUAUUUGAUAACAUUUACCGCUGGUUACGAGUUUUGGAAAUUUACGUUACCAGGUGGUAUCACUGCUGGCGCUUUGUUUGAACUCAUGAUGUGGGGAGGUUCACUGUUAACUAGUCUACCAGUUUCCUUCUACAACAUGUAUAGGGCAUAUCGUGAUGGAACAGGUAAAAAUCGCAGCUUCUGGGAAGGAAACCGUCCACUCGUCUCGCCGCUCCUAUUUUUCAGUAUGACUACCACGUGGGUUCUUGCAUCACCUACUAACAUAUUAGAGAGCGACCCACGCUGCUUUACCUUCAUGGUGGGCAUUGUCUUUUCCAACAUUUGUUGCCAACUGAUCGUCGCCCAGAUGAGCAACACCCGCUGCGAGGUGUUUAGCUGGCUAUUGGUGCCGGUGGGGGCCGUCGUUGCCGCCGCCCUAAUCUUGCCCAGUUCGUUGCAUCUAGAACUACCCCUUCUCUACAUGUUAACGGCGUUCACUUUCCUUGCUCACGUUCAUUACGGCGUUUGCCUCGUCCGCCAAAUGUGCAGACACCUCAAUAUUUGGUGCUUUCGUUUGAAGCAGCGGAAAGAUUGACUAUUAGCCGACAGUGCUUGCUAGUCUCUGCUUCUAUUGGCCCACUCUACGCGGUAUGAGAAACAAUUGACAUUUUCAUAAUGAAAACAGAAACACCGCCAGCUUGUUUUAGGUUGUGCAUACUUUUCGCCAAUUAGAGAGACAGAAAAAAACAAACAGAAGUCUAUGUGUUUUAUUGGGUUCCAGUUGAUUUUGUUUAUCAUCGGUGCAAUUAGUUAAAAGGAAGACAACGAAAGAUCCUUUUGGGUUCCAUUCACCAGGUAUGAAACCAUAUUUGCAUAUAGAUUACUAUGGGGUAGAUUGGGUUCUUUCGAGCAGAUUUUUUUUUUCAGCAAGUGCUGUCCCUCGGACGCAUAAAAUUCAUAGUGAUAAAAUUGGCAUAGUUUUUUUUUGUGUGCGAACGCACGCGCGUUCCCGGUUAAACGCAGCCCCAUUUUCUUUUCUUUGUAACAUUUAGUCACGUGACGUAUCACCUUGUCCAUACCCAUUCUUUUCCCCGCACUCUCCCUACACACACACACACUUUGUCUUGUUUUUGAGCCAUCCAAUGAGAAAUAAUUUCAUAAUUUGUGUGUCUUGUCUAUCCAAAUUUGUGUCUGUAAAGUCCUAGUGCAGGAAUCAAAUUUUGUUAUUAAAAAAAAGCAACAACAAUGAAUGCCAAA